AUGGUAACGAAAAACAAAGAUGGCCCCAAACUGCCAAAGCAACAGCUGGCAAUUCUGGCCAUCGCCAGAUUCGCUGAACCCCUAGCCGCAACAUCCAUCUACCCUUACCUCCCCGAGAUGAUUAAGAGUUUCGGGGUUCCGAAGAACGAGGUGGCGAAAUGGGCCGGCUUCACAGGAUCCAUCUUCUCAGUUGCGCAAAGCAUGGCCGCCGUGCCUUGGGGGAGAGCAUCCGACCGGUUCGGCCGCAAGCCUAUCAUUCUCCUCGGUAUCACAAGCACCAUGAUCUGCUUCAUCUUAUGGGGUCUGUCGACUAGUCUCACCAUGGCCAUCACCGUGCGGUUCAUCAUGGGAGCUGGAAAUGGAAAUGUCGGCAUCCUCCGAACGAUGGUAGCAGAAAUGGUUCCGGAAAAAGAACUCCAACCCAAAGCCUUCUCGCUCAUGCCUCUCGUCUGGUCCAUCGGCAGCGUCUUUGGUCCCGCCUUUGGCGGUUUCUUCGCCCAGCCCGCCAAGCAAUACCCUUCUCUCUUUGGCAACAUCGACUUCUUCAAAAAGUACCCCUUUGCGCUCCCCAACAUCGUCGCCGGCAUCAUCUUCUUCAUUUCCCUCAUGACCGGUCUCCUCUUCCUCCGUGAAACGCUCGAAAGCCGACGCGGCCAUCGGGAUUGGGGUCUUGCCUUGGGGGAGAAACUCACUCGCCCCUUUAAACGCCGUGGCCCUCACUAUCACCACCACCACCGAAACAAUAGACGACACUCUUUUGUCGACGACGGCGCCUCCGCCCCCUUACUCGCCCCAUCCUCCCUCCCCACCUCCAUAGCCUCUGUGGAAACCGACCCUCCGACCCUCCGCGAGAUUUUCACCCCGCAAACCAUCAUCAACCUAACCUCCUACACCUUUCUCGCCCUUCACUCGGUAACCUUCGACCAAGUCCUCCCCGUCUUCCUCAACUACCCGCGCUUAUCCCCGCACGACCGGACCCCGUCCAACACGCACCUCCCCUUCAAAUUCAGCGGCGGCUUCGGUUUGGGUUCGGACAAGAUCGGCACCAUCUACACCGUGUACGGCAUCGCGUGCGGCGUCGUCCAGUUUUUCCUGUUCCCCUGGUUCUGCGCCCGGUUCGGGGUAUUGAGGUGUUUCCGCGCCGCCACCCUCCUGUUCCCCAUCGUCUACCUGUUGACGCCGUACACGGCGCUGAUAGAAGACACGCACACGCGCUACGCCGUCUUCCUCACCCUCAUCUUGAUCAAAGGCGUUGCUGUCAUUAUUGGCUUUCCCUGCACCACCAUCCUACUCACCAACUCGGCCUCCUCCCUGCGCAUUUUGGGAACGUUGAACGGAUUCGCGACGACUUUUUCGGGGUUGGGAAGGGCGAUUGGUCCCGCCAUGGCCGGAGCGAUCUUUACGUGGGGUGUGACGGGGAGGGAUUAUAUCAUUGCUCCUUGGUGGUUUUUGAGUCUUGUGGCGGCGAUCGGGGCGAUACCGAGUUGGUGGAUUGUGGAGGGGGAGGGGCCAACGAGGAGUUUGCAGACGGAUUCUGAGGAGAGUAGUGAAGAGGAGGGAGAGGAGGAGGAGGAGGAAGAGGGAGUGGAGGUGUUGGAUGAGGGGAGUACGUUGGUUUCGAACUCUCAGGGAUCGAGGGCCGACUCGACUAUGGAUGGAGGGUACGGGACGAUAAAGAAAGAUGCGCAGGAGGCGAGAUAG